ACACAUUUCAACCUUUCCCAUUGGUUUCUUUCAAAAAAAUUUCCUUUUGUUUAAGGGUCAAGCCAAGUUGCAAGCACCUCCAACUUCAAGGUUGCUCUCUCAGGUGUACUACCUUUUGUCAGAUCUCGAUCCUCAACCAAGGUCUUGUUUUUGGUCACUUGUUACCAUCCCAACCGAACCUUUUCCUCCUUAUUUAAUAGGAAGCAGUUCAUGUUUCUUGCUAGCUGGGUUUCCAUGCUAUUGUUUAUGCAUUGAAAACUGCUAUCUUCUGCCAAUUCCUUAUACAGAACCCACAUUUAAGAGGUUGACUAAGUUACCUUAAUGGCAGCAGAUAGUGCACAAAAGCAUAUUUAAGGCCCUGCAAGUCUUGCAAUUGGAGCAGUGACAUAGAGAGAGAGAGAGAGAGAGGGUGGAGUAUAAAGACUUCAAAAUCCUGCAAAAUCAUCAACCUCCCUGAGCAAAACCGCUACAGUUACCCAAUAAGGUGGCCUUACUAUCUUCUCUUUUUGCCUUAUUUCAGAAGGGGAAAGGAGAUAAGCACACUGUUUUUGUAAGAGUUACAAGAAAGCUUCCUUAUAUUUGCUGGCAGUCACAUACACAAACACACACCCACUCCACUUGUCACUAAAAAAGUCUCUGCUUUCCUCUGUUUCUUUGUUAUAAAUUCAGAAGAGAAAACUUUCAGCUUUCACCACAAAGCAACAUUGACCAAGAUUAGAUCUUUAUAAUCUCAGAACAAUGUUACCCCAGAAGCAAACUGAAGAAACCAUGAUGUCAAGCCUUAAUGAGACGAUUGAGCGUGACGACAGAGAGGAAGAGAAGGAGGGUGGUUCACAUUCUAGCUUGAAAAGUCUUCUCUGGCAUGGUGGGUCUGUUUAUGAUGCCUGGUUCAGCUGUGCUUCAAAUCAGGUUGCGCAGGUUCUGUUAACUUUACCAUACUCUUUCUCUCAGCUGGGAAUUCUUUCAGGCAUCAUAUUUCAAGUCUUCUAUGGCUUGGUUGGUAGUUGGACUGCUUAUUUGAUUAGCAUUCUGUACAUCGAGUACAGGAGCAGAAAAGAGAAGGAGAAUGUCAGCUUCAAAAACCAUGUCAUUCAGUGGUUCGAAGUGUUGGAAGGUUUACUUGGUCCAUACUGGAAAGCCAUUGGAUUGGCCUUCAACUGUACUUUUCUCCUCUUUGGAUCUGUUAUUCAGCUUAUAGCUUGUGCAAGUAACAUUUAUUACAUAAAUGACCACUUGGACAAAAGGACUUGGACUUACAUCUUCGGAGCUUGCUGUGCCACCACAGUGUUCAUACCCUCAUUCCACAACUACAGGAUUUGGUCUUUCCUUGGCCUUGGAAUGACAACUUACACAGCUUGGUACAUGACCAUUGCAGCCCUUGUUCAUGGCCAGGUUGAAAAUGUGACUCACACGGGCCCAAACAAAUUGGUUUUGUAUUUCACAGGUGCAACCAAUAUACUUUACACUUUCGGCGGGCACGCCGUCACAGUGGAAAUCAUGCAUGCAAUGUGGAAACCUCAGAAGUUCAAAUAUAUCUAUCUCUUUGCCACUCUUUAUGUAUUCACUCUCACCCUACCUUCUGCUACUGCUGUCUACUGGGCCUUUGGUGACCAACUCCUUGAUCAUUCCAAUGCAUUCUCCCUUCUCCCACGCUCUGGCUGGCGUGAUGCCGGUGUCAUCUUAAUGCUUAUUCACCAGUUCAUCACAUUUGGAUUUGCUUGUACGCCUUUGUAUUUUGUGUGGGAGAAAGUGAUAGGAAUGCAUGACACAAAGAGCAUAUGUUUAAGGGCUCUUGCCAGGUUACCUGUGGUGAUACCAAUAUGGUUUUUGGCUAUUAUUUUCCCUUUCUUUGGUCCCAUUAACUCAGCUGUUGGGGCUCUUUUGGUUAGCUUCACCGUCUAUAUUAUCCCUGCUUCAGCACAUAUGCUCACUUACUGGUCUGCUUCUGCACGACAGAAUGCUGCAGAGAAAUUACCCUUUUUCAUCCCAAAUUGGACAGUAAUGUAUGUGAUCAAUGCAUUUGUGGUGGUGUGGGUUACGGUGGUGGGCUUUGGAUUUGGAGGGUGGGCUAGCAUGACAAACUUCAUCAAACAGGUUGACACAUUCGGACUAUUUGCCAAGUGCUAUCAGUGCCCACCAAAAGUCCCGGCUUCCAAUCACACACUGCAUCACUGAAAAUUAUGUUCUUUUGUAUGAUACAUAGGGAGGCAUCAGCAUCAGCAUCUUCCCCCCUUGUGUGGUGUGAGCUGUAUUUUCCCUAUCUUUUUGUUUAAUCUACAUAUAGAUACAAUAUUGUUGAUGCUGAUGUUCCCUUCUGUAGCAGGGCAAUAUUGUCAUUUCGCUUUUGAAUCAUUUUGGUUAAUCAUAAAACAUGACUGUAGCUAACAUAUAUUGGGAAAGUUGAAAUUCUUGGUAUCAUUGUAUCAUGGAUG